CUCAAAGGACUCUUUUCCGCCUUGAAAUGUUUAGAUGGUCCUUUCCAUCCUCUUGGUUUUUCAUGGCUCCUUCCAUUCACAUCGUCACAUUCGCAAAUCGGCCAAAAUUGACGCCAACAAGUGCAGGGCCUGAGAGUUGAGCGCACAAUUGUCCAUAAUGAAUACCGGAAGGGAUGUUGGCAGUCGACAAUCAUGAAGAUUUUGAUAUACUGACGAGAGCCUUCUGAAGGAAGCGUCUUAGCCUCCCUCUUAUUACGGAAGGAAGAAACGGAAGACUGCGAUACUUCAUUAUCGGUGCUCUCGAACCUUUCUGAAGUAGAUUGAUGGAAUAUUAAAUAUGGCGAUGGUGAUGAGAUCUCUGAGAGCUGUUGCUGCUGCCACUGUCCACGGAGCAGGACUUGUCAGGUGGACGCAUUCUCUGCGCCCUUUGAACAUCACUCUACACCGUGCUCCACCUCCUUCUCCCUCUUACAAGGUUUUGGAGGUGGAAUACGCUAAUGGAGACAAAUUCCUCUUCUCUGCAGAGUUUCUAAGAGUGCGAAGCCCCUCUGCCGACAGCACUCGCUCCACAGCUAGCGGUAGUUCUAGGGUCAUUUCAGGGAGGCGGCAUGUUCAUAUAUUAGACAUUGAGGCAGUUGGGAAUUAUGGCAUCAGAAUCAAAUAUGACGAUACACACGAUACAGGAAUAUAUACCUGGAAGUACCUGCACGAGCUGGGAAGAAAGAAAUUCUAUUACAUGAGAGCUUACAUCAAAGUUUUGCGAGAACAAGGAUUGACCAGGAAUCCACGGAGAAAAAAGUAGGCAUCUGCUAUUUAUUUAUCUGCUAUUUAUUUACCAUUUACCAUUUAUAUAAACUAUAAGAACCUUAAGCAAGGAGCGUUCAAGCUGGAUGUUUGUGUUAGCUGAGCAUGAAGAAUAUGCUCAAGGUCAGCUCUUUUUAAAUGCAGGGACGUAUUUCGUUCGAGUAGUUCCCCGCGCUACUCCGAGAGACGAUCAUCUGACUUACAACUCUGAGCAAUCACUUCAAUCGUUGUCUUGGAUUCGGCAUAUCCACCAUGUACGCCGUGUUGAUUCAAGCUGUACUUACCUGUUCUAAAGGGUUUUCAAGAGCGUUGAGCAAAGACAUGUCAACACGCGCGGGUUAGCUGAACGGAAAUAAACCGUUGCCAGUUCGUCCAACUGAGAAAAGCUCACCUUGUUCUUCGCAAUCCUGAAGUCUUCUUAAACUGAAGUCUACGAAAGACGAUAGCCUCAGUGACCACGGUGUACAUGCGGGGUUGACACUCACAAAUUGUUUCCUGUGUGAGACAACACCGGGAACGUUCCAGUCAUAUCUUCCAUUUUCGAGUCAUGCAAACAUCACGACAUCAAAUGUUCCCAAGUAACGCCCUGGCUUCGGGAUGUGUCACAGACCAUCCCGGUAAAAAGUAUGAGAUAAUUAACUUAUUCAAAUAUCCUACUAAGCGGGCUAUGAAAGGCCAAUCCUGUAAAAUUGGAAUGUACGAAAUUCAGUAAGUGGCGCAUUUAUCAGCCAACCUAAAAUAAAGUUAUCCUUGGCCUUAUCAAUGUGACGAAAGAAAGGACAGCCCACAUUCUACAAGUUUUCAGUUUACCCAACCUCACCAUUUCCGUAACCUCUUCCGCCUUUGCUCAGAUGUCUGCGUCUGAUGCACCCGAAUGUGCAAGACUUAUUACCCAGCAAUGUUGCAUCUGUUUUACAUUCCCGCCGUAAUCCUUCAUGGAUAAACCAUCCGACACCAGCAGAGUUGUCUCUGAAUUGUGGGAUCGGUGUGUAUAUUGGUUGAUUGAUAUAACCACCAUGCAGUUUUUGAGGAAUUCGGUAAGAAUCUAGAUGAGAUACAGAUUUUCAAGGGCCAUCUUCUUGAGAAGACACCCACAAAUCAUGAGAAGCCGCAGUUCACAAUCGAUGUUCCACCAUAACUGACAGAAAACGAUAAUCUAGAUUUGGGUAAGGCAGGACUAUUCUCGACAACAG